AUGUUGGCUCAUGUUCCUCCGCCUAUCACACCUAUUCAACAUCUAGCGACCUUCCAUCAAGGUAAUAUUCCCCCGCAAACACCAUCGGUCAAGGACACUCAAUUACCACAUCAAGAAUUAGGCGACGUAGGAUCGUGCCGUCACAAUCCUGGAAGCCAGAAAGCUUCACAUGCCCCCUCGGCCGAGAACCCCAUGUGCUCAUCUACCCAACGUGCCUCAGCAACCCCCCAGAACAAACACCUACCCGUGUCGUCCCCAUCACGAACACAUGCUCAGCCAGCAGUUCACGACACCUCCAAGCCGAGGAGCGCAGGGAUCUUACCCCAGAUUCCGCCCUUCCUCCCCCCUGAACACCCCCGCUGA